GCCGCUUGGUGUGCGGCUGUGUGGGGCGGCCAGGGGGCGGCUGACCCUCUGCCUGCGGGGACGGGAAUCGCGGGGCGACCGUCAUGGCGGUGUCGGAGAGCCAGCUGAAGAAAAUGGUGUCCAAGUACAAAUACAGGGACCUAACUGUACGUGAAACUAUCAACGUUAUUACUCUAUACAAAGAUCUCAAACCUGUGUUGGAUUCAUAUGUUUUUAAUGAUGGCAGUUCCAGGGAACUAAUGAACCUCACUGGAACAAUUCCUGUGCCUUAUAGAGGUAAUACUUAUAAUAUUCCAAUAUGCCUAUGGCUGCUGGACACAUACCCAUAUAAUCCCCCUAUCUGUUUUGUUAAGCCUACUAGUUCAAUGACUAUUAAAACAGGAAAGCAUGUUGAUGCAAAUGGGAAGAUAUAUCUUCCUUACCUACAUGAAUGGAAACACCCACAGUCAGAUUUGUUGGGGCUUAUUCAGGUCAUGAUUGUGGUAUUUGGAGAUGAACCUCCAGUCUUCUCUCGUCCUACUAUUUCAGCAUCCUACCCCCCGUACCAAGCAACAGGGCCACCAAAUACUUCCUACAUGCCAGGCAUGCCAAGUGGAAUCUCUGCAUACCCAUCCGGAUACCCUCCAAAUCCCAGUGGUUACCCAGGCUGUCCUUACCCACCUGGUGGUCCAUAUCCUGCCACAACAAGUUCUCAGUACCCUUCCCAGCCUCCUGUGACCACUGUUGGUCCCAGUAGGGAUGGCACAAUCAGUGAGGACACCAUCCGAGCCUCUCUCAUCUCAGCAGUCAGUGACAAACUGAGAUGGCGGAUGAAGGAGGAAAUGGAUCGUGCCCAGGCAGAGCUCAAUGCCUUGAAGCGAACAGAGGAAGACCUGAAAAAAGGUCACCAAAAACUAGAAGAGAUGGUUACCCGUUUAGAUCAAGAAGUAGCUGAGGUUGAUAAAAACAUAGAACUUUUGAAAAAGAAGGAUGAAGAACUCAGUUCUGCUCUGGAGAAAAUGGAAAAUCAGUCUGAAAAUAAUGAUAUUGAUGAAGUUAUCAUUCCCACGGCCCCACUAUACAAACAGAUCCUAAAUCUGUAUGCUGAGGAAAACGCUAUUGAAGACACUAUCUUUUACCUGGGAGAAGCCCUGAGGCGGGGAGUAAUAGACCUGGAUGUGUUCCUGAAGCAUGUACGUCUUCUGUCCCGUAAACAGUUCCAGCUGAGGGCGCUAAUGCAAAAAGCAAGAAAGACUGCUGGUCUCAGUGACCUCUACUGACUUCUGUGAUAUCAGCUGGAGAUUGAACUCUUCCAAGCAUUCUUUUCUUCUCUUCCUUUCUCUUAUCAGUAGGUGCCCAGAAUAAGUUAUUGCAGUUUAUCAUUCAAGUGUAAAAUAUUUUGAAUCAAUAAUAUAUUUUCUGUUUUCUUUUGGUAAAGACUGGCUUUUAUUAAUGCACUUUCUAUCCUCUGUAAAUUUUUUGUGCUAGAUGUUGGGACUGACUAUGCUAAAUAAAAACUUGUUGCAUA